AUGGCGAACGUCAAAGUUUUAUAUGGUACAAUAAUUCGCCGUUUCACAAUUCCAAGCGAUAUUACUUGGUCGUUAUUUGAAUCCCAGAUUCGCUCCCUCUUCCAAAUUCCUCCGAAAACUCCUAUCUUUCUCUCAUAUACCGAUGAAGAUGGUGAUAUCAUCACUCUAUCGAGCGAUUUGGAGCUUCAAGAAAUACUUUCUGACCAAACUUUGUUCGGUUCUUCUGUAAAAUUCGUUUUGUCUACUCCUGAUGAACUUGUCCCUAAUGAAAAAAAUAGUUGGGUGUUAGAAGGAAGUCCUUCGCAAAUAAAGGAGGAUGAAUCACCUAAAUUUACAAAUGAUAGUGAUGUGAUUAGUUUCAGUUCUUCCGAUGAGGAAGAUGGCUCAGAAGCUUCUCCAAUAAAUGUGCAUGAAUCCCAAGAACAAAGUUCAAAUGAAUCUCAACAACCAUUUAUGUUCAUCGAAUCUCAAAAGAAUCAGGAUUACAAACAUACGACAGUCGUUGAUAAAGAAACUGAAGAACCAACUUUUAAACCAACUAUAGUUGGUCAACAACCUGAAACUAUCGGUGAAUCGUCAUCUUCACCUGUCGUCGACAAAGGAAAAUCCAAAGAAUUACCUAAAAAAGAAGAGAAACAACCUGAAUCUGAUCAAAGAUUUUGCCGUGGAUGUCGAUUUGGUAAAUGGCAUAGUAGACAAUCCAACAGGAGAAAUCAAUGUUAUCAACGAAGGGAAUGUGAUGGAAAUAUCAAUGAAGAAAUUGUUGCUGAAAAGGUAAAACUUUUAAGAGAUAUGGGUUUUGAAGGUGAAAAUUUAGAAGAGUUGAUAAAUUUAUAUAAUGGAAAUAUGGAAUUUGCUGUUGAAACUUUACUACAACGGCAACAAUUAUCUUCAUGA